AUGUCAAUUACACCUGAUAUAAUUUAUGAUAAAAUUGUUACAUGCAUUCAAAAACCACCAAAUGAAAGAACUACAGAUGAAAUCGAAGAAAUUUAUCCAUGGUUUAUUGAAAAAGUGAAAUUUUUUUCAAAUCUAAAAUCUGAUGUAAUCAAAGAUAUCAUUAAGAAUUGUGAAUUCUCUGAACGUGAAACUGAUGAUAUAAUUAUACGUCAGUUUGAAGAAGGUGAUUGCUUUUAUAUCAUUCUCUCUGGUCAAGUAUCAAUUUAUGUGAAUACUGAACUUGUACAUGAUGAUCAGGAAAAAGCUCCUCAACAAGAUAAAUUUCUGUCCCCAAUCAAACAGUCAACAGAGCGUAAAGCAACUAAUCGAGAAAAAUGUGGAAACUAUGUUGUUAGUUGGGGAACUGGAGCAAGUUUUGGCGAAUUAGCUUUAAUCAGCAAAGAUUGUAUAAGAAAUGCAACAGUAGUUGCAGACUGCAAAACCCAUUUAGCUGUUAUUAAUAGAGUAACAUACAAUCGUUCACUAAGAGAUGUACAUGAAGCAGAUUUCAAACAACGUAUUGAAUUUAUUAAUAAAUGUCCAAUUUUUGAUGGAUGGAUUCAAAGUUUGAAGAAACAAGCAGCAAUGUCUUUAGUUAAAACGGAUUUCCCAUUUGAAGCAGACCUUGUUCGUCAAGAAGAACCGGUGAAUGGAUUAUUGUUUAUACUUUCUGGUCAAGCUCAAGUCACUGUAGAUGUUCUUAAGCAUCCAAAACAGUAUCCUGAUUUAAAACUCACUGCAUAUUCUGUCAGUUCAACAGAAACCAAUAGUAACAAACUGAUCCACACUGAAAUUUCAAAUUAUCCAGUUCGACGUAUGGGAUACAUUGUCAAUGAAAAACGUAAUGCACUGAAGAAAAUAGAACUAUGUAUAGUUGGACCUGGCACUAUACUUGGUGAGUUUGAAUAUGGCUUUAAUCUAAAAACAUAUAUGCAAACUGCUAUUUGUAUUGAACCUACAUCAGCCUAUGUACUAGGUGGAAGAAAUUUCGAUCGUUUAAUACAAAGUCGUCGUAAUCCAGAAGGUUUAAAACAAAUCCGAGAAAUAGCUGCUCGAAACAUUUUAUAUCGUAUAAAUCGACCAAUCGAUUCGAAAAUUCCUCUCUUUCGCUUUUUAGCAAAACAAGUUUAUGAAGCAAAUUUAAAGUUACAAGAAGAACAACGUGAAAAAGCUUUGGCUAGACGAAAUAAACUAAAUUUGGAAGGGACUAAAAGUUUGUUUGAAAGGGAAUCAAAAAGUCAUCGACAACAAUAUCAACAAGAACGAAUGCAAAGAAACAUCAGACCUAAAUUACAAAAAUUUCUUUCAAUGAAGCGAGAACAUGGAUUUCAAACACGACGACAACAAGUUAGUAAGCUACAGAACACUAUAUCGACAUUAAGAGGAGACAUAAAUUCUGCUGAUCAAUAUCGUAAAAGAAGUACUCAAGACAGUCCUGCUAGCAAACGCUUUAAUUCAACUUAUUCCAGAUAUGAUACAUCUUCUACAGGGGAUUUAAAUGAACCAGAUACUGAUAGAACAAAUUAUUACCAGAUGAAUGAAAAAAUACCAAGUUUCUCCUUUUAUGACUGGGAGACAAGUUCUAAAAAUAUAAGUCAAAUCGAAACUAAAUUAAAACGUUGGUAUUGCGAAAUAGAUAUCUUAUAUGAUGGAAACUUAUCAUUUGGACAUAGAAUUAGUCCAUUGAGAAGCUGUGAACAAAUAAGUCUAGUUAAGAAACUCCUACCUGGUGGACAUGUCCUUGUCAGAACAAUCGACAAUAGCAGUAUACUAUCAAAGCAUUUAGAAACAAAUCAGCUUCAAGCAGAUGGAUUCAAAUCAGUUCGUUUUGAAAGUGAUAACCACGAAAAUGAUCUAAGUGAAUUGUCUACAAAUCAAAACAAUGAUCUAGUUAAUUUAAAUUUAGAAGUUGAGAUUCCAACUGUAAAUGAUAAUAAUAAUAAUGAUAAUAAUAACAAUAAUAAUAAUAAUAAUAAUAAUAAUAAUAAUAAUGAUCACUUAGUAAUAGAUGAAAUAGGAGAAGACGUAGAAGAAUGUGAACUUAGUAAGGAGGAAGAUGAGAAGAAAGCUAUUGAGAAUGCAGAUGAAAAAAACCAAAAUAUCACAAAUGAGCUCAAAUUAAUCCUUGAUAGAAUACGCCCAGUUUCAUCAGCUUAUGGUUACACAUCAACCAAUAGAUCAUGUAUAUCAUCAAGAAACAUUAAAUCAGCUAGAACGGAUGAAAUCAAAGAAACUGAAUCACGCAGAAGUACUUUGGCCAGUUCCCGUCUAACCCCGAAGCGUACUCCUGACAGUUAUACAAUGAUUAGAGAAUAUCGGGGAUUGCGUGAUCAAUUGCGUAAACAAGAGAAUGAACUGCGCCGUUUUCGUGUAUCACUUCUUCUCUAA